GCAGAGUGAAGCGCUAGCUAACCGGUAACAGCUGUGGCCAUGUCUCUCUGUGACGACACACUCCUAUGCAACUUCCCAAAGUGUCGGACCAAGCUGAGCGGCUUCGCCUGGGUCACGGCUUGCUCACACGUUUUCUGUGAUCAGCAUGGGUCAGGUGAGUUCAGCCGCUCUCCUGCAAUCUGCCCGGCCUGCUCCUCUGCGCUGUCUGGGAAGCUGGACAUCGUGAGGACGGAGCUGUCGCCCUCUGAGGAAUACAAAGCCAUGGUGCUGGCAGGUCUGCGACCAGACGUAGUUCUGGACAUCAGCGCCCGCGCUUUGGCCUUCUGGAGCUAUCAGGUCCAUCAGGAGCAUAUGUUUCAAGAGUACAGUCUGUCACGGGCCGAGACACAGCUGAAGCAGAUGGAGAAGGUGCUGACCCAGCAGAACCAGAGCAGAGAAGUGGAGCUCAGUGGCAUGAGGGGGGAAAUCGCCUCCCUGAAGAAAGUGAUGGAGGAGUAUAAAAGGAAGUACACUGAGGUGUCUGAGAGGCUGAUGGAGAGGAACAGGCAGUACCAGAAACUACAGGGGCUGUACGACUCUCUGAGGCUGCGCAACAUGGUGGUGGAUGUCGGGGAAAGAGAUACGCAGACACAACCGGGACAUCAAGGCUACAACACCGGGGCAGCUCGGCAGGCGACUCCCCAGAGGAGCCCUCAGUUCCUCUCCCUGGGCCCUGACGGGGACAGCAGGUUCUUCUCCUGCCUGGAGCCUGACGGAGCCAAGACCUUCUUCCAGUUCAGCUCCCCUGCCAGGGAAAGAGGCCGGCCCUUCAUCAAGAAGCACUGAGACGGCAACAGGUUUCAUAGCGACUGUAGCACUACGUUUAUAUAUGUUAACAGUGUUCUGAUGUUUUAGUAUUUAUAUAGUUGGUGGUGUUCACCCUGAGUGUAUUAAUAUAAUAUUAACUUUUUGUCCAAUAGUAACAAAUAUUGGAGUCAAACUAGGAGCGAAAUCCAGUUGUUAUAUUUUAGUGCUGGUUUCUCGAAGUACUUGAAAAGACAAUGUAAAUACAGUAUAAACUCUGUUU